UGCAGUCCACAUGUCAAUGUCAAAUUUCAAUAGUCUAUUGUCAAGUUCAUCAAUUCUUUUUUAUUAACGGUUAGAUUUAAAAAUUGUUCUAUUAUUGUCAAUAAUCUUUAUUUAUAUUUGAUUCGAAAUUAUUGAGCGAUAUUAAAAGUUUGUUGGAAAUGAAUUCAAUGUCUAAGAAUUUAAAACCAAUAGUUGUUGAUCUGAACAUUGGUGACCAAUUGACAUCUGUAUCAUGUGGACAUGUUGUUGUCGAAAUAAUUAAAUUUAUAGUUUAUCAAAGACUGCAAAUUCCCUACACGUAUCAGUGGUUAAAACAUGUAGUUACAAAGAAAAGAAAUUGUGAAAAUGACGAUCUAAAAGGAAGUUUUCAGUCAGAAAAACAUUACCAUGUUGCGUCUACCGCAUUGGAUAAUUUGGACUAUAUUUUGAAGAGCCUGUUACAUGAGAUAAAUGGCCCGUCAAUACCGGAGGAAGUGUGUAUAAUACUUGGAGGGACUCCAGUGACAUGUAAAGAGAUAUACAGAUUGAUUUUGCCCACAUUGUGCCAUAAGCCCCAAUGUCAGUCUACUCACAUAGCUAAUGAUCAGAAGAUUCAGAAAAAUAUAUUUAGAACAUUGGUGACAUCAGAAAUGUUGAGUCAAGUAUUUUUUAAUGCAAUGGCCCCAACAAAUAUGUAUGUAUUUAUAAAGAAGUCUACAAAAAAUCAAGAGUUAAUCAACAAUGAUAAUUUUGUUCCGGCCAAUGGUCAUAGAAUACCAAGGAGUUCUAAAAUAGUUGUUAUGGACUUCAGAACACAGACUACAGGGACUAUGUCCUGUUGUAACCAGUUUCAAGUAUUUGGAGACAUUGGUAGUAAUUUACAUGAUAUAGUACCAAAAGAUCCUGACAUGGAAUAUGAAAGAAGUGAUUUUAAUGAAAUUGAAUCUACCGACAAGAUAAAAUGGUAUCAAUCAGCAUAUGUUAUGAAGGGUUUUAAAGAUUGUAUUGUAAAUGGCAGUUCUGUCGCAAAUACAUGGUUGAAAUCUUGAUGAAUAUCUAUUUAGGUAUUUAAUUUAGGUCAAUUUUAUUUUAAUUAAAGUUGAAUUUAAUUAAUGCUCAAUUUUAUUUUUGACUGAUCAAUCAAUAUUAAAGAUUGUUUAAUGUACUUAUUUAAUUAGUAUAAUUAUGAGUAAUGAAAUUAGAAUAAAGUCUUGAUUUUGUGUUAUUCAUAACAAUUAUUGAUUAGUAGUCUAUAUUAUUGUUUACAUAUUAAUUUUUGUGCCAUAUGACAUAUUUUAUGUUCCAGUUACUUUACAGAAUAAUAAAUCAGUAUGUUAUAUUA